GAAUAAACCUAGUCCGCCUAGCCGCCAAAUGUGGCUGAAUUGAUGUUGGCGGGCUGUAAGCACGCAACAAUUUUCUCCGUUGAUUUCUUCUAACUUUUCUUUCAUUUUGAAAAAGAACAUCAACUCUAAAGAAACUGGGCGUUUAGUCCGUAAAUAGUAAAGUAAUAUAACAAGAAAAUUAUUUUAAAGUGAAUUCAAACUCAAAGAUGGAUUUCUUGGAAUACCCCGAUGUAAUUGCAGAAGUCAAAGGAACUAUGACUCCUGGACGACUGAAAUUAACCGAUCAACAUCUAAUCUUCAAGAAUCAAAAGACAGGCAAAGUAGAACAAAUUUCGGCGUCCGAUAUGGAAAUGGUAAAUUAUCAGAAAUUCAUUGGUACCUGGGGUCUACGAAUAUUUCUUAAAAAUGGAACGUUACAUAGGUUUCGUGGUUUUAAGGAUACGGAUCAAGAAAAAAUUGCAAAGUUCUUUGCGCAAAAUUACAAAAAGGAUAUGUUGGAAAAAGAACUCAGUUUAAAAGGUUGGAAUUGGGGUACAGCAAGGUUUAAUGGUUCUGUUUUGAGUUUUGAUGUCGGUCAUCAUACUGCCUUUGAAAUUCCUCUUUAUGAUGUUUCUCAAUGCAAUACUGGAAAGAACGAAGUUACACUGGAAUUUCAUCAGAACGACGAUGCUCCUGUAAGUUUAAUGGAGAUGAGAUUUCAUAUACCGAUUAGCGAUAGCGUUGACCAAGAUCCUGUAGAAGCAUUUCAUCAGCAAGUCAUGGAGAAAGCUUCUGUUAUUAGCGUCAGCGGAGAUGCCAUUGCCAUAUUUCGAGAAAUUCAAUGUCUCACACCUCGUGGUCGUUAUGAUAUAAAAAUAUUUCAGUCGUUCUUUCAAUUGCACGGUAAAACUUUCGAUUACAAAAUUCCGAUGUCAACGGUUUUGAGGCUUUUCCUUCUACCGCACAAGGAUAGCAGGCAAAUGUAUUUUGUGGUCAGUUUAGAUCCACCUAUUAAACAGGGUCAAACUCGUUAUCAUUACUUGGUGUUGUUAUUCAGCCAAGAAGAAGAAACUUCUAUCGAAUUACCUUUUUCCGAAAAAGAAUUAAAAGAGAAGUAUGAGGACAAAUUACCGAAAGAGUUAUCAGGACCGACUUACGAGGUGUUAGGAAAAGUAAUGAAAGUUAUAAUCAACAGAAAAAUUACUGGACCUGGAAAUUUCAUGAGUCAUUCUGGAGCUCUUGCGAUUAGUUGUUCCUUUAAAGCAGCUGCAGGUUGCUUGUAUCCUCUGGAUAGAGGCUUCAUUUAUGUUCAUAAACCUCCGAUUCACAUACGUUUCGAAGAGAUAGCGUCUGUAAACUUUGCACGCGGCGGAGGCUCAACCAGGUCAUUCGACUUUGAAAUUGAAUUGACCAGUGGCGUGGUUCACACGUUCAGUAGCAUCGAGAAAGAAGAAUAUGGAAAACUGUUUGAUUUUAUCACGUCGAAGAAACUCCGUGUUAAAAAUAGAGGCAAGAGCGAUAAAUUGAGUUACGAUAACGACUUCGGGGACAGUGACCAAGAAGAUGAACCAGAUGCUUAUUUGGCGAGAGUUAAAGCCGAAGCACAAGAACGAGCUGCCGAAGAAAAUCAGGAUUCCGAAGAAGAAUCUACCGAUGAAGAUUUCAAUCCUAAUCAAGAUGAAAGUGACGUAGCAGAGGAGUAUGACAGUAAUCCAAACACUUCAGAAAGCGAAAAUGAUUCUGAUGCUUCCGGCAAGAGCCAAAAGAAAGACAAAAAAGAUAAAAAGGAAAGGAAAUCGAAAUCCGCAAAGACAGUGUCAGAGAAGCCGAGAAGAUCUAGAAAGCAAAAGAAAGAAAGAGAUGAAAACAAACCUAAGAGGCCACCAACUGCGUUUAUGAUAUGGUUGAAUAGUACUCGAGAGAAAAUUAAAGCGGAUAAUCCUGGAAUUGCAGUUACAGAGAUCGCCAAGAAAGGAGGAGAAAUGUGGAGGGAGCUCAAAGACAAAUCUGAAUGGGAGGAGAAAGCAGCAAAGGCGAAGAAAGAAUAUGCUGCUUCGAUGAGUGAGUAUAAAGCCAGUGGUGGUGGUGGUGCUGCUGCUCAGACAAAGGACAAAAAAGAGAAGCUAGAUAAGAAAGAGAAGGGAGAGAAAAAGAAGAAGGAUGCGAAGAAAGAGUCUCCUAACAAACUUGUAGGUUCUUUUAAGAGUAAAGAAUAUAUUAGUGAAGAUGACAGCAGCAGUGAUGGAGAGGGAGGUACUAAGAAAUCAGAUAAGAAACAUUCUGAGGAAGACAGUGAAGAAGAGAAAGAAAAGAAAAAGGGAAAUAAACGUAGUGCGAAAUCAGAGAAAAAACAUUCCGAUGAAGACAGUGAAGAUGAUAAGAAAAAGAAGAAAGGAGAUAAACGAAAUGCGGACGAUGAUGAGAAAGUAUCCAAGAAACAAAAGAAAAGCGAGUCUGAUGAAGGCAGUGAUGAAGAACUUAUUGAAAGUACUCCACCUUCCAGUGAUGCAGAAUCCAAGGAUAGCGACUAAUGAAUGAACACAAUACAUGCAAAUAUAUCAUUAGUAUUUCUGAAAACUUUGAAGUAUGUUUGUAACCUACCAUUGUUUAAGCCAUAAGUCAUUCUAUUAUAUAUUUAUAUUUAAUUAUA